AUAAGUGGGAGGAGCACGUCCGCCCACAAAAGCCACAGCUAUUCCAGUCUAUCUGUCCUUUUUGUGAAUUAAACUGUAAACGAAUAAAAAGGAAAUAGGAGAAUAAUACAAGCAGUGGUUUGAUUUCGAAGGCAGACGGACGGCCACGACGUGUCCCCGGCGUCGCGCGGUAGAAGAAGCGGAGGCAGAGCGGAGGAGGGUGUUGUCCUGAUGCUUAAAUGGAAGUGGGUGGGCCUCUACGGUGACACACUGCCAACGCCGCUGUGGAUACCAUCCUGACAAGCGCUAAUUUGUUCGUCUAUGGACGGUUUACCCGGUCAAAGACACAUACGACGCGGCUGCUGCGGCUCAACAGCCGUGGGGGAACGGCUGGGGUGUUCUCCGUUAUUUCUGUUAACCCGGGGCUGCUAGGCUGUCUCUCCGCUUGGCACCGCCCUUCCUGGACGGUGGGUGGUUUCGUGAAAACGGGCAGAUCCGCCACGGCCCAGAGCCCAACAUAUAGGCCGUCCUCCGCCUCCGUACCCGGCCGGCCUUCUACCGUGAACUACACCCUCUCCCUCUUGGUAUAUUAAUGCGUUAUGAGUGACUCCAAGAAGGAAUCAUCUGGAACUGAAGGAGGGAAAGCACCAAAAAAGGGGAAAAAUUCUGCAUCACAGGAUUCCUCUCAGCCCUCUCCACUAGCUCUGCUCGCGGCCACCUGCAGUAAGAUCGGAGGGCAGGGGGGAGCGGAGGGGACCCAGGCUCAGACAGGGCCCCAGCAGAUCCAGCUCCAGGCUGGGCAGAUCCAGCUGCAAGCAGGUCAGCUGCAGGGUCAGAUUGUUGUGGACACAUCUGGGGGCCAGGCCUUAGUGCCACAGCAGUUGGAACUGGUCCCGGCUCAGUUCACAGGGAACAGCUGGCAGAUCAUCGCAGCAGCACCGACUAUGGCCAAGGAGAACACCAACCAGCCUGUUGCUGUAACAGUGGCCACCAGCCUUCCUAAUGAUAGCUCACCUGGACGCAAGGUGAAGGCCGUAGCGGGGACUAACAGUGUGACUGCCAACCAGCAGCAGCAGUUCCAGAUAAUCCAGGUUCAGAACCUGCCCAGUGCCGGAGGUGGGGUCCAGUAUCAAGUGAUCCCUCAUCUGCAGACCGCAGAUGGACAGCAGAUCCAUAUCAACCCAACUCAGACGCCUUCCAUCGGGGCUCUACCCGAGCAGGUUCAGCUCAUCCAGAGUCCGAGUCCAGGCCAGGCUCAGGCCAUUCUCCAGUCGACCAAUCAGCAGACUAUCCUGUCAAGUACAACCAAUCAGACGGUUCCACUGCAGAUUCGCCCUGCUCAGUCUUUCCCCCUGCAGCUGCAGACUCUUCAGGGCUCUCAGACUCCUGUCAUGACCACAGUGCCCAUAAACCUCGGUGGCAUGACCCUGGCAUUGCCUGUGAUCAAUAAUGUCGGAGGGGGUGGCGCUGUGCAGCUUAUCCAAUCAGCAGAUGGCACUUUCUCUGUUGCCAAUGGAAACCAAUUGGUGACAACAGCAGCAGUUCCUGCUUCGGCAUCCACCGGAUCAACAACGCCGCUGGCCGAAGGUGACGGCACGUCAGACGGGACACAAUUGGUCUCCGCUGGUACUGAAGCUAUGGCCACUGACAACCAAGCACAAAGCACCGAGGCGGAUUCACAAAGCCAGAACCAAGCCAACGGAGUCCAGAGCCAGACGGACGCACCAGGAACCAUUCAGCAGGUGAUCGUGGGGCAAGUGGGACAUCAGUUGGUGCAGCAGAUCCAGCUGCAGCCACAGGCUCCAGGUCAAAGCCAAGCCCAGCAGCCUCAGCACAUUCAGACUCUCCAGCUGGCACCUGGUCAAACCCUGCAGCCCAUUCAGGCCUUCCAGAAUCCAGCCCAGGUCCUUAUUCGCACACCCACCUUGUCCCCUUCUGGCCAGAUCACCUGGCAGACGCUGCAGCUACCCGGUGGCGUGUCCCUGCAGGGUAGCCUGGGAACAGCAGUGCCACAGCAGCUCACACUGGCCCCAGUGGCCGGUGGGACGACAGUGGGGGGAGGAGGGUUGGUGUCCCUGGGCGGAGCUCCCCUGACGCUAAGUGCGGCUCAGAUCAACCCAGGAUCUGGUGUACAGACUGUCAGCAUCGCUGGGCUGGGCACUGCCGGGGUUCAAGUGCAGGGUGUGCCCCUCACUAUUACAGGUCUACAGGGUCAACCACAGGGGCAGGAUGGGGUCAAAGUUCAGUCGUCCCCUGUGACGGUCACAGUGGGUAACGUGGCAUCCGGCUCCUCGAUGAGUCCAGACCAGUUAGGGUCUGUGCAGAGCUCCUCAGACCAGGAGGGGCCACCCAGUAAGAGGCUCCGUCGAGUCGCCUGCUCCUGCCCAAACUGUAGAGAUGGAGAGGCAAGGAACAGUGGGGACCCCUCCAAGAAGAAGCAACACAUCUGCCACAUGGAAGGCUGUGGGAAGGUGUAUGGAAAGACAUCCCACCUGAGGGCCCACCUGCGCUGGCACACGGG